AUGUUGGUUUCUCGAGUCAAUGGAGCUGGUUCUAUAGUGAAUGCAAAUACUGUAUUCUCAGGUGAGGUUGUUCAUAUCACAGUGCUGACUGUGAGAUACACUCAGGUAGGUUCAUCUAGCCGUUGGGAGUAUCAAUGUUACCGCAGUGUACCAGAUGAAGAUGCUUCACUAUCAUUUGGUCGAUCAGCACCCAUAACAACAGACAGAUCACCACCAGAAGAGGAGCAGCACUCAGAUGGAUUCCCAUUCCUCAGAGUGGUGAGAUUCCCUACAGGAGAUGGAUGGGAUAGAGAUGGUUUCGGUCCUUUCUACUGUGAGGCUUCUAAGUCCGCUCGAGAUGUUACAAGGGUUACUACAUUUUGCCAACGAAAUGAUGCUAAAUUCAUAUCAAGUCAUGGAUUGUUUACAAAGACAGUCAACGUGAAUGACACUGGAGUAAUGAUCAGCAUGACUAGGCGUUUUGAUCCUGAUGUGAGUGACAACGUGAUUACUUGGAUGAAAGAUGGAAAUGAGGUUCUAACAUCGUUUGAAGGGCAGGCUCAGAUCAGCUUCCCAAAUCCAAUCCAGACAUCAUACCAAGGAAUCUAUGAGAUCUACUAUAAAAACGAGAGGUAUCAAAACAGAGGAGGAUUAUACAGACUCAUCGUCAGAGAGUGCCCCGCUGGUAAAUGGGGCCCCCCUGAGUGUUAUGGUAUCUGUGAUAAAUGCUACAAUGGUGGAGUCUGUGAUGACAAGUCUGGUCUAUGUAUCUGUCCUAACAACUUCAAAGGAUCGAAUUGUUUAGAAAUUUGUAGAACUGAUGGUGGAAAUCGAUUCGGCUUGAACUGCGAUUUUGGAUGUACAGUUCUCAAUGAUGGUAUCAACAAAUGUCAUGGGUAUCUUUUUUGCUUACCUGAUCCUUAUGGAUGUUCAUGUGACGUCGGUGCGCAUGGUUCUGCAUGUAACACACGUAAGUCUUCCGGUAGUCAUUUAAUUGUGCUCAAAUUCUGA